AUGACAGUGUUGUUCAAGGAGAAGGCACACGCGCCCAUGAUGACACGGUUCCUCAGCCUGUUCCCAGGUCUUGGAUAUGCGGCAGGCUACAAGGUGCUGCAGCGCAUCUACAAAUACGGUGGCCAGCCAUACUUUAAUGACUACCUGACGAAGCAUCACAAGCAACAGUUUGAGAGUGUGUUUGGAGAACGAACGGGCAAAUUCAUGAUGAAUGCAACAGCUGGUUCGCUGACGGGUAUUGGUGAAAUUGUGCUCUUGCCACUGGAUGUGCUAAAGAUCAAGCGGCAGACAAAUCCAGAGGCAUUCCGUUCGCGCGGCUUCGUGCGGAUUCUGCUGGACGAAAAUGUGAAUUUGUACCGUGGCUGGGGCUGGACAGCUGCGCGAAAUGCACCAGGUUCCUUUGCGCUCUUUGGUGGCAGUGCAUUCACAAAGGAAUACUUGUUUGGUCUUAAGAACUACUCGGAUGCUACGUGGACACAGAAUUUUGUUGCUAGUAUCGCUGGAAGUAUCGCCAGUAUUACGGUGGCGGCGCCAUUGGACGUUGUCAAGACACGUAUCCAGAAUGCCAACUUCGAGUCCAAGGUUGGAGGCGUUGCUAUUAUUCGCGAUAUGAUCAAGAACGAAGGCUUCACAGCCUUCUUCAAAGGCCUCACGCCCAAAGUCCUUGUUACUGCGCCCAAGUUGGUGUUCUCUUUCACACUUGCACAGUCGCUGAUCCCAUGGUUUGGCAAGUACGUCUAA